AUGGAGUAUUACAAAUGUGCUUUAGAAAUUCAGCAGAAGAAUCUUGGUCAUGACCACAUUUAUUUUGCGUUUUCAUUCUUUACCAUGGGUGUCGUGGAAAGUGAACUGGGAAACCUGCAAAGCGCUAAGAAUUAUUUUGAGCGUGCUCUGAACAUUAGGUUGAAAACGUAUGACGACAAAGAUGUUUAUGUCGCGCGUAUUUACGAUAACUUGGGUGAUGUAGAGCGUGAAUUGGAUGAUUUGCCACUGGCCAAGAAUUAUUGGGAACUUGCUCUAAAAAUUAGAUUGGAAAAGCUUGGACCCAAGCAUGUUGAUGUCGCGCAUACUUACCAUAACUUAGGUGAUGUACAGCGUGAAUUGGAUGACCUGCAAAAGUCCAAUGAGUCUUACGAGUGUGCUCUAAACAUUUGGUUGAAAAAGCUUGGACCCGAUCAUGUCAACGUCUCGCGUACUUUCUUUGGCUUGGCAAAUGUACAGCGUGACUUGGGUAACCUGCGACAGGCAAAGGAGUAUUGUGAACGUGCUUUAAAGAUUGAGUUGAGAAAGCUUGGACCCGAACAUGAUGAUGUCGCGCUCACUUACUCUAACUUGGGUGGUAUCCACCGUGAAUUGUGUGAACUGGAGCAGGCCAAGGAGUGCUUUGAAAUUGCUUUAAACAUUAAGCUGAAAAAGCUUGGACCAGAGCAUGUCGAUGUCGCACCUACUUACCAUAAAUUGGGUGAAGUUCACCGUCGAUUGGGUGAUUUGCAACAGGCCAAGGAAUGUCACGAAAAAGCUUUAGCUGUAAACCGGAAAAAUCUUGAGCCCGAGCAUGUCGAUAUGGCGAAUUCAUACCACCAUUUAGGUAACGUGCAAUUUGAGUUGAAUAACAUGCAAGAGGCCAAGGAGUUAUACGAACGUGCCUAA